GAUGUAAAAUAGGAUAACUAUGAAUUCUGCUAGAGAAAUUCAACAUGAAUUAAAACAACUGAAAUCAACGAAUCAAAACCGAAAUACAUUAUUUAUUGAUUAUCAUAUGUUAGCUGAAAUUUUGCCGAAACCACCUGACUUACCCAUACCAGAAGAACCAAUUUUUAUUCCACAUGAAUUAUACAAUCUAACUGUUAGUAAAUAUAAUGAAAUGAAAUUCUGUGUGGAAAAUUCUUCACAGACAGAAAUUUCUGAUAUAUCCGAUUUCAAUGAAUUGAAAGAGAAACUGAACAGUUUAAUAAUUCUUGUCAAUGAAUACCCGAAACAAAUUAAUCGUGUUAAAAAUGCUACAGAUUAUCAAAUUAAAAGGAUAAUUGAAGAGGCCAUUUUAAAGAUUUAUCUAUUGAUACGUUCACGUCAAGACAAUUUAGCUAAAUCAUAUACAGAUUCAAUUGAACGGAUUCGUGGUGCAUGUCGUACACAAUUGGCAAAUACAAUAGCCUUUUUAAAUGGGUUGAUUAGUGCUGCUAAACAUAGAGAUGAAACUUCUUUAGAAAUGUCUCUUCGAAAUCGUAUAGUUGAAUUAGAGAGUGCACUAAAACAAUCUGAAUUCGAUAUGAAAUCUCUUCAGGCAAAACUGAAGGAAGCAGAAGAAAAAUAUGACUUAUUAAACCUAGAAAUGCCAAAUAUUAUGAUUUCAAGGAAUUCUUCAUUGGGGUCUGUUUCAUCUCCUAUUCCUCGUGUUACCAUUGUUGUUCGUGCAGAUGCAGCCGUACAAGUUGCAAUCUCAGAUACAAAACAGCAAUCACUGGAGAGAGAGAUAAAGAAUUUACUCGUACAGAUUGAUGUUCUUAAAUCAGCUUUGAGCGCUGUCCAAUCACAAGUAAGGUCAUUGAAUGAACAGCAUGACCAAUCAGAACAAAAACUCAACUUAUUAUCCGACCAAUUAAAUGAAAGCACAUCAAAGUAUACUAAACUAGAGAAAGAAAUGCUGGAUAAAGAUAAUGAAUUGACAAUAUAUAAACAAAAAGUUAAAUCAUCUGAAUCACGACUUAAUGAAUUGUUAACAUCAAUGACAAGUUUAAGAUCGGAGAAGGCUAAAUUAGAAAGCGAUUAUGCAAUAAAUCGUGAUAUGGAAAUGAAACGGUUAAAAGAACAAUUAGAUGAAUUGUUAAAAAGUAAAGAAAUGUUAGAAAAUGAAUGUAAUUCACUUCGUCUUGAACUAACGAGUUUAAAACAAAAACUUAAAUUUAGUGAACCAAGUGUUGACAAUGGAAAGGUUUCUAAUCUUCGUGAACAAGCUCUUAUAGCUGAGAUUGUUCGUUUACGUCGUGACCUGAAUCGUUUACAAGAAGCUUCAGAAUCACGGAUAAAAUGCUUGAAAAAUAGAUUACAAGCUUUUACUGAAGAGUCAUUUACACGACGAACAUUAGAAAUGAAGGUGUCACAGUUGCAUACUGCUGCACUGAAAUAUGCAGAUCAACUUGCUGAAUUUACAGCAAUGAAUAAACCAAUCGGAUGUGAUGAAACUCCUAAAGAUAAUGGAGUGUUCCUUUUGCCCCUACCGCCUCCACCACUUUCAUUUCCAGCCAAACUUUCUCAUCACAAUACUAUGGAACUAGGAAGCUCACUAAGAACAACCUUACCACCAAUUGUACGUACUGAUUAAUGGAUAGCAUCUUCAUCCUAGGAUUUUUUGAAAUACACUUUAUACUACGUCACAGUAACAUAAAUUUACAGACUCAAUUCUGCAUUGUUUUGUUGCUCCAGCAAUACCCUAAAUAUUUUGAUUAUCGGAACCGAUGGUGGUGGUGUCUGAUGUACAAACUAAAGUUGUUUCAUCAUAUUUACAGAAACAAAAAUAAACAUUUGUUUCGAAGACCUUCAAAACUUAUAAUUUUGAAGAGUUAACCCAAAGGUGUACAAAUUUAUUUCUG